GUUGUUUGCCAUUUGGCGUGAAGAAUCGUCGUCAUGCAUGGGAUUUCCCCUCAAAGCCCGAAGGUUUCAAAUUGGGCGGCCUCCUGUUGGAUCGUGGCAAGCGUGGUGGCUUUGAGAAGCUCGAUCAAAAUGCCAGCGACGAAGAGAACGAAGCGUCUACAAAUAUGUUGACUAGUGCGCCAUUUGCUUAAGAACUUACAAUAUACAUGUGUCUAUACAUGGCUCUAUGUAUGUAUGAAUGUGUAUAUAAUGCGCAUUAACGCCUACAAGCUUUAUUGAAGAAAUGAAGACUAUCUGAUUUCUUAUGACGUCGCUAUAUGGAAUCUUAUGACUCGGAGAGUAUAAAUUUUGUUUUGUUCGAUUAUACUGCGCUCACACGAGGACUAUUUUUUGUUGCAUAUCUUUAUGGGGGGCGUUCUCAGGAGCGACACGAGACAUAUCGGGUCGGAUGAUUUUUCAGAAAAUCCUUGUACGUGAUGCACAAAAGUAUUUUUGAUUAGCUUUUUUUUCCUUUUAUACGCUUUUUCCGAAAAUAUUUGAAACCGACCAACCAUGGAGAUAACUUCGAAAUGAAAUGGAAUGCCGAAUUCCAUAACGAACUAUUACGAACAAAAACAGUAAGUAUCGCACUUCAGCACAAGCGGAUCCAUUCUCACGGACCUUGGAACUUGGCACCAUAUCUCGAAAUUACUUCAGCAUGUUUUCUGUCGCUACUAAAUAACAAAAGCACGGAUCUAAGUAACCUAAACAGACCCGGAUCUUUAUGCGGUCCAGAAAUAUCAAGUCGGCACUAUACCUCGAAAUUACUGCAGGAAUACUUUCUAUCGGGUUCCGAACUGUCAAUUCGGCACCAUGCCUCGAAAUUACUUCAGCAAUAUUUUCUAUCGUUACAAAAAUAACAACAACAACAAAAACGGUUCCCACGAUGGUCGGAUUUAAGUAGCCGGUCAGACCCGAAUUUUUAUCCGCUCCAGAGCUGUCAUACCUCUAAAUUACUUUCUGUCACUACAACAGCAUGAGUGGUAUGCUCCCUUCGUCUGUCAUUAUGGUACCUCUCUACAUACAGAUAAUUCAUGUUUUCUCGAAAGCCUUGGGAAUUUUCCGGUUAAUUGACUGUUUUAGCAGCAAUUAUGAAAUAUCUUGUCCAUAUAUGUAUAUACUAUUUAUAAUGAUUUAAAGCAACUUAAAUUGAUUCCAAAAAGAUUCCAUAAAAAUCUACGAGACAAUCGAAAAUUCCAACAGAUCUCUAGAUCCAGGGUUAAUCUCUUGAAAAAUUCAAAAUUUGUAUGUAUGUAAGGCCCUUGGAUCCAUGUUUCCAAAUAGGGAUCACAUUGAUUCGCUAGCACCUAGCAGAAUAUUGGAUUUUAUCGAUAUGGUGGGGCUAGGUGUGUCUAUGUAGGUCUAUGUUGAGGGCACAAUGGACCUAAGGUCGCGGUACAUUCUUCGUUUUCAAUCAUGUAUGUUCAUAUGUCUAAAAUUUUUGUGAUUAAAAUUUUUUUAAUGCUUUUCGAAACCAUAUUGUCACAUUUUUUAAGUCUACUAAGUCAAAACUAACUGUGGCCAAAUUUUAUCUAUUAUCUAACUACUGUUGUA